AUGGCCACUACAUCCUAUUCGCAGUAUCGCCACUCACCUGCACGACCCGAAUGGAUAGGGCCUAUUGAUGAAGACACAAGCCCAGAGAAUAUGCCUGUUCGCCUUCAGCAGCCAAGUGAUCGUGUUCCAGGAUGGACACAAAUGUGUUCGGGUGGUCGUAUUCAGCGACAGAAUACAAUGGGCUCACACAUGGUAUUUAUAGGUGCUGAGGUUCAUAAUGAACAGACUCUAAAAAUACACUGUAGUGAUUUAUUACUACUUCGGGCGGUAGCACCACUACCUCAAGGUCAAGGGAUGGCAUGCUUUACAUCACAGGUACAAAGUUUGGUCGCCCCAGGAUACUAUGCUAUGUUUGGCAUGGGAGUAACACCUGCAGCUGGAGAAGAAAUGAGAGGAUUUUCUUUGGUCUUGAUUCAUUUUGAUCCAUCUGGUGCGGUUUUUCUUUCAGUAGAGCGUUGGCGUAUGACUAGUGAAGAAACAUUUGAACGUUUGGUUGUUUUGGAGCCGAUGAAACCACUUCGAUUGAUAAGAGACCGCGUAACGCUUACACUUGUUAUUACAUCACAAUUCAUGAGCCUAUCAAUUAAUGGUGAGGUUCUUUAUCCAAUGAUUGAAGCCACAGGCGUACACUUGGGAGAAGCACUUCCCAUUCUUCUUGCCACAGGAGGUAAAAUAUCAGUGCGAGAAGUUGCUGUCGCAGAGGGGGACAAGCCACCUGUCAAUCGAUUAUACGGGCGAAUGUCUACAGCUACACUAUCGCCCAAAAAAAGUGAUGCAGCAAAAAAAGGUCAGGUGAUUACAGAAGACGAACAAUGCCAUUCUACAGUAAGGCCUGCUGUGGCCGAGAAUCGGGCACCUACCGUAAAAGAAAGCUCUAUUGGAAAGAAAAAAAUAAAACAAAAGGAAAAACUAUGUGUCCCAACGGAUGGUGGCAGCCUUCCCCCUGGUAUUAAUACAGAAUUUGCUGAACGUAUUGAAUCGGAGAUUAUUGAGCGUUCUCCCAAUGUUCUAUGGGAAGAUAUAGCUGGUAUACCAGAGGCAAAACGUUUGUUGAAUGAAGCUGUUAUUCUUCCGCUUUUAGUUCCAGAGCUGUUUACGGGGAUUGUACAACCAUGGAAAGGUGUGCUUUUAUUUGGUCCCCCUGGAACAGGAAAAACAAUGCUUGCUCGAGCCGUAGCAACCAGCGCAAAAACAACUUUCUUCAAUAUGAGUGCAUCUUCGCUUAUCAGCAGAUAUUUUGGCGAAAGUGAAAAAAUGGUUCGAACAUUGUUUCAACUAGCACGCCAUUAUGCACCUUCAACUGUGUUUUUUGAUGAGGUCGAUGCCCUGAUGUCAACACGAGGCGGAAAUGAGCAUGAAGCCAGCAGACGCGUAAAAAGCGAAAUGCUUCAGCAAAUUGACGGAUUAUGUACAGAUAAUGACAAGCGGGUGAUGGUGCUUGCAACGACAAACCGUCCAUGGGAUUUGGAUGAUGCUAUGCGCCGCCGUCUAGAGAAACGCAUUUAUAUACCGCUGCCUGAUAGGGAUGGUCGACUUGAACUUCUGAAGAAGCAAACUGCCUCCAUGUCUUUAGCUUCUGACGUCAAUAUUGAUGUAAUAGCUACUAAACGAACGGGGGGGUUCAGUGGGGCGGAUCUGAAUUUGCUUGUUCGUGAUGCGGCUAUGAUGCCCAUGCGUAGGCUAUUUGCUGACAGGACACCAGCUGAAAUUGCAGCAAUGAAGGCUGACGGAAAAAUGGUUCUUUCUGCGGUUACGAUGCAGGACUUUGAAGAGGCCGUAAAAAAGGUUCAACCUUCUGUUUCUCAAAGUUCAAUCAAGGAAUUUGAAAGAUGGGCGGAUGAACUUGGGUCCGUGUGA